AUGGCCGACUACUGCUGGCAACAACAGGCCUCUUCAGGCUCACAAUGGCUUCCAGAGAACGUAUACUAUAAUGAACAGUCCACCAUGUCUGGACAGGAAUGGCAGUCUUUUCCUCAGCGACGCACAAGAGUCACAAAACCUCGAAGUGCAAGCAACAGUCCAUCAACGACAAGCAGACGGAGACAAAGCGCUAUGAAUGCUAGCCAGUAUCAACACUCACUAGAAACCGCUCUUCUCGCCUCUGCACCUCGGAACUCUCGCCCGAUUAGUUGGCAUCCUACUCCAGCAAGGACUAGAGGUCUUUCCAACCCAACUAUCUCGGAUAACUACGCCCACUUGAAUAUGAACAUGAAUCAGAUCCCUAAUGAUCUCAAUUCCAAUUUCUCCGUCUACAACGACAACAUGAUGUCCUACCCCGUCUCUGCCGGCCCUCCCUUCUCGCCAACGAAUUACUUUCCUGUUUACGACCAGGAUGCCACCAUGACCAUCUCACAGGCUAUCCCUGAUUAUAUGUCGACUAUGGAUCCCGAGGGCUGGUCGAUUGAUAUGUUCUCGAUAAACAAUAUUCCUCCUGCCGCCACCGCUUGCCCUAGUUAUGCUAAUGUGCCAUCGCCUGGCGAAUUAAGUGGACCAUCGACACCGGACUUCCUUCCUAUCCAACAGUUCGACGAGCCAGCGCCGUUGAAGAAGGCCAAGUCGGACGAGGAGCUUGUCGGCAUGGGGUUGUAUAGUCAGCCUGGUGGAACCAUUCAGUCACAGAAGGGUCUAUUAGGCAAGGGUCUCAAAUUGGAGGAAACCUUCAAACCGGACGACACGGACGACAAUGAUGACGAAGAGGAUGAAGUUCAACCCCAGGCUCAGAGCUUGACCUUGAACUCGAGCUUCAACGAGUUUAUCCCAGUCUCUAUACCACAGAUCCCUCAGAAUAUGUCGAUGCCUAAACAAGCCACAAAACAGGCUUUGAACUUCCUCCAAAAAUCUUUCUUCUUUGAUCACGAUUAUUCCCGGCAGGUGGCGCAGCCUAAUCUGAACCAAUCGUGCAUGAGUUAUGGAUGCGGGUGGAUUUGA